UCUCACCUUUUUCUUCCUUCUUAUUCACUGUCACUUCCCAACUAACACUCACAUUGUCGCACAACACAAUCACACUAUACCACGAAACUCAUCGGACGACACUGCCUUCCUCAGUUCUUCAACUACACUUUUCUUUCGCUGUUCCAAGCUCAUCAUACACUACUGCUAACAAGGGCACUUAUUAAGAUAGUAACAAACUUUGUUCAUCAGUACACAAGUUUCCAUUUCUCCCAGCUCCUGGAUUUUUCUUGUAAAUGGGUUUUUCCUCUCUCCAUGUCUGCAUGAAUUCAUCAGAUCAAUGGCUGCAGGGCACAAUUCACGAGGAGUGUGGGGUGGAUUCUUCUUCACCAUCUGCCGACAUGCUUCCAUGCUCGAGACCGAUGACAGAGAGGAGGCUAAGACCCUCACAAGAGCAAGCCCUCAAGUGCCCUAGGUGUGAAUCAACACACACCAAAUUCUGCUACUACAACAACUACAGUCUCUCUCAGCCCAGGUAUUUCUGCAAGACAUGUAGAAGGUACUGGACCAAAGGAGGCACUCUCAGGAACAUUCCUGUUGGAGGUGGUUGCAGAAAGAACAAGAAAGUUUCAACUAAGAAACACAAUGACCACCAACCAGCUAUUAAUCAAAACCAAACACAACCUGCAGGACCCUCUUAUAUUCAUAAUCACAAAGAUCUUCAACAUUCCUUCUUGGAUGUGCAGUUUUCCCACCUAAACAAUAUACUUGGGACUAAUGCUGGGGUACUGGGAAACCCUAAUUUCAUGGAUAGUAAGUAUAGCAUGGGCAUACUAGAGAACCCUGGGCAUAUUGACUUCAUGGAAAGCGGGUUGGAUGGUAUGAAUAUGAUUAGGGGUUCAACUAGGAGUUUGGAUGUUCUUGAAAAUAGUGAUAUGAGUGUGGGUGGUGGUGGUGUUGGGCUUGGUGAUAUGAGUGGCUACAAUGGAUUGCCAUUGAAUUAUCAAGGUCUUUCUAGUGCAGCAUUUGGGAGCAUGUCCCUUGAUGGAGGCAUUAGCAAUGUUGGAAGUUAUAUAAUGGACUCUUGCCAGAGACUUAUGUUGCCCUAUGAUGGAGGUCAUAACAUCCUUAACGGUUCAGUUGAUGUGAAGCCAAACCCUAAGUUGCUGUCCCUUGAAUGGCAAGAUCAGGCUUGCUCUGAGGCUGAAAAAGUGUCAUUGGGAUAUCUCAAUGGUUCAGGAUCAUGGAGUGGCUAUGGAUCUUCCACAACAAACCCUUUGGUCUAGAGCUAAUAAUUAAUCUCUCUUCUCAUGCAUCAUGCAGAGAUAUAUGAUCAAAGGUGGUGAUAACCUCUCUCCAGUCUUGGGAAAUAUGCUUACUGGGCUAAUUAAUCUGGUUCCUAUCCUAUAUAAUUUAUUAUAUUAUAAUUAUUGCUCAUAAGCUUUUUGCUAUGUAUCUAUGGUAGUGUUUCUUUCUGCCAAAAAGAGUGUGAACAGGGAAGCUUCAGUGUCAAAAUGGACUGCUUUGGUGCAUUAAUAGCUUUAGAUUCUUCUUGUCUUUGUGUGCGCAGAAGCUCUCUGAUAGCUUUAGGAUUUGUUGUAACAUCGAGGAUGAUAUGGUAGUAGUUCUUUUCAUGUUGAAGAAACUGUGCAGUAGUGCUAUAUUAUAUUUA